CUGUCAGUGUCAGGUGUCAGAUAAAGAAUUAUAAUUUUGCAGUCGAUAUACGGCAAUUCACAUUAAAUCUUUUUAUAAUAAUUUACUGACAGUAUUAGUGCUUUGUGUGAUGCUAAAAGUCUUUACAAGAAUGAUGAGACAACUACCCAGUUCCUGUGACACCUUUGUGGUCAUGCCACCAUUGACCAAACAUGGGGUUAUUUUUGGUAAAAAUUCAGAUAGGCCCAAGGGUGAAGUUCAAGAGGUAGUUUACAUUCCGGGAGGUGAUCAGCCAGGCUCAAUUAAAUGUACAUACAUAGAAGUAGAAUCUGCAGGGCCUACCAAGAGUGUCAUCUUAAGCAAACCUAAUUGGAUGUGGGGAGCAGAAAUGGGAGCAAACGAAUGUGGUGUAGUUAUAGGCAAUGAAGCAAUAUGGACCAAUGAUAAUUCUGGAGAUCAUGAUCCCAGUGUUAAAAGACUUCUUGGAAUGGAUCUAUUAAGAUUGGGCCUAGAACGAAGUGCAACUGCUACAGAAGCUCUGGAAGUAAUAACCCAAUUAUUAGAAAAAUAUGGACAAGGUGGACCUUGUUCCAAUACCGAUAGUAGCCUAAUUUACCACAAUUCUUUUUUAAUUGCUGAUGCAUCAAUAGCCUGGGUGUUAGAAACCUCUGGAAAGCAUUGGGUAGCUGAGAAAAUUACAAGUGGAUAUAGAAAUAUAUCCAAUGCUGUAACUAUUAGUACAAAAUUUGAUAGACAUUCUGAAGGUCUUCAGGAGUAUGCAAAAUCCACAGGACUGUGGAAUGGAGAGGGAGAAUUUAAUUUUCGAGAAAUAUUUUGUGGCGAGAGUAAACCUUAUGGUAGUAGAUAUCUAGCAGGGGAGAAACUUUUGAGUAGUAUGACAGCUUCUAACAGCUUCAAAGAAACUGAUAUGUUUAAACUAUUACGGGAUACCGAGUCGGGAAUCUGCAUGACAGUGGAUAGUCCAGGAAGCGUAACUCAAGGAAGUCAGGUUUCUUCGUUAUCAAGUAGCCAACCAAAUGUUCACUGGUUUACAGCAACACCAGACCCAUCAAAAUCAGUGUUCAAGCCUUUUGUAUUUACUAAAGGAGCAGUAGUCUCAAAACAUACGAAAUGUUCCUCGGCAGAGGAACCACAUACGUUAUAUCUUUUGCACCAUUCUGCCUUGGAAAACAGCAAUAAAGAUGACGUUCAAGACUUACUAAGAGGCAUGGAAGCUGAAUGUGUCGAAGAAUUAGAACAAGUAAUGGAACGAGUCGGUGACGAUCUUUCCGAACUAGACGAAUUAUUCAAAGAUUGCGUGGAAACCGAAGUAAAAUUUUACCGCUAGAAGAAGAAUUUAGAAACUUCAUCUUACUGACUUCGUACUAUGAUUUAUAUAGCUGUCAUAAGGGUUAAGCACAUUUCUUGAUAGAGUUUGCUUACUAUUGGUGUGAUAACGUGAGGCGAUAACUUAUUUUUAUGUCUCACUGCGCUCAUUUUUGUAUCUUUUCCAUUUUGUAAUGACGCAGAGCUUGAACGAAGAUGCUUUAUUGGUAUAUUUAUUUUAGACUUUGAUAUUAGCAACUAGAAUAUAUUUAAUAUCCACAAAGUAAGACUACACUUUUUCUAUAUACAUCUUUUAUUUACGGACUAAUUGGCAUCUAAACUCUUUAGAGGUAAGUUUUAAGAAGUGGAAGCGUACUUUUUCUAUUAAAGUGUCGUUUUUGUAAAGGAAAUUUGCAAUCGAUAUUAUCAGGCAUCAAAUGCGGCUUUGACAUUACUUUGAUGUUGCUGUUUGAAAUUGAUUUUAGACUUUGACUCAUGUCAAUGUUUCACAGCAUCAAAAUAAAAUUUAGAAUGUUCUAAUCUCUAGUAAGAGUAAAACGUUUAGAUUGAUUGUUCAAGAGAAAUAUUUAAUGCAUCAGACAAUAGCAGAAUAUUUUUAGUGAUAAGUAAAUAUCUUUGUUUUUACAUAUGAAUUAAUUAUAAAUUUUCAUUUAUAAAACCUUAUAAGUUAU